AUGGAGCCAGUCAAAAUUAUGUUCUUCAUUCCGCUUCUGCUGGUAGGCAUACUGAUCCCUGCCAUCCAGACCAAGGAAGUUACAAAACCUGAGCUGUGCAAGGUGCUGAAAGUGCUGGAUGGCUAUCAAGGUCUCACUUUGCCAGAAUGGAUCUGUAUAAUAUUUCAUAUGAGUGGUUGCGAUACCCAAACCAUAGUUAAAUACAAUGGCAACACAGCAUAUGGACUUUUCCAGAUCAAUAACAAAUUUUGGUGCAGGGACGACCAGUUUCCUCAGUCAAGGAACAUCUGCAACAUCUCCUGUGACAAGUUCCUGGAUGAUGACUUUACUGAUGACAUAAUGUGUGUCAAGAAGAUCCUGGAUAGUGAAGGAGUUGGUUACUGGCCAGCUUAUAAACCUCUGUGUUCUGAAAAACUGGAACAAUGGCGCUGCGAGGAGUCAUGA